UAUCUCCAAAAUCAUCCCCUCUCUCUCUCUCUCUAGAAACUUUUCUAGAGAGAGAAAAGGAAAAAAAAAUAAUAAUAAAUGAGACCAUCGAAUCAAAAUUGAAAAUAAGCACCACUACGCGUAAUUAUUUUUCUUUCCUCUUUCGGGAAACCCUAGCUUUCUCUCACCGAGUCUGUAUAUCUUUCUCCUUUGAUUCCUAUUCCAUAAUUCUCCAAACACUUGUCAAUUAGGUUAUGGCCGGUCCGGAGAAGGCGGAUCCCGAGUUAAACGCCGAGUCAACCUGGGAACUCGGUUGCCCUGACGCCGCCAGUCACGAUUACUUCUUCGCGAGCGAUUAUCGAGAGAGCACCAUACUCAGCGAGUUCGGCUGGAAUAUUCCGGUGGCCGAUUCCAGCGGCGUAUGUGGCUGCGACGGUGGUUUUGUAAUUGGUUCGGAUCUGAUCGAACACGAUUUGGCCGAUUCGUCAGCUCAUCGGAGCAGUACUGUGGCGGACGCUUCAAUUUUGGCUUCUCCGUCUAAUCAGUCGCUGUCAUCGAGCUCCUCUCACGAGGAUCCGCCGGAGAAAUCGAUAACCACCAGUGUUUCAUCCGCCGCCGCCGCCAAUUCGCCGUCGGACACAGCGACUAAGAGUAGCAAAACAACAACGGGUCAAAAACGAAUCCAACAGCCGCGUUUUGCAUUCGUCACCAAAAGUGAAGUUGAUCUUCUUGAAGAUGGCUAUCGAUGGCGAAAGUAUGGACAAAAAGCUGUCAAAAAUAGCCCAUUUCCAAGGAGUUAUUACCGGUGUACAAACAGCAAAUGCACGGUGAAAAAGAGAAUCGAAAGAUCAUCGGACGAUCCCUCGGUAGUGAUAACUACAUACGAAGGACAACACUGUCACCACUCAACUGGAUCAUACCGUACCACUCUGCAGGAUAAUAUUCCAUUUUCAAGAUUCCUAUUAAGCCCUUCAAAUAAUCCUCAGGUGUUACAUGAUUCUAUGCCCAUCGCACAAUCUCCGCCAAGUGUUCAGGGCCACCACCACACCGCCGCCGGACAAGAGCCGCCGCCACCUCUUGGACUACUCGGCGAUAUCGUGCGGCCACCUGGAAUGCGAAAUGGAUAGCAUAUAUAUACAUGCAUGCAUCCAUAUACAUUUAUCUAUUUCAUUAUUCAGCAUGAAUUUUCAUUAUUGUAUAUAUAGAUAUAUAUGGAGUUCUGUUUCCGUGAUUAUUUACAAGAAAUGGGCUUUGUAAAUGUUGUGUAGAUUUUUUUCGAUCAUUGAAAUAAAUGGAAAUUUUGAAAUGAAA